AUGGGCGAGGACACGGACACACGAAAAAUUAACCACAGCUUUCUUCGAGACCACAACUAUGUGACUGAAGGUAUAGCAAGGGCGGCAGCAAUGCAAGCUUCCCCACAUUGUCCUGCCAAUGUUCCUCAAUCCAGUUCUGAAGAGGUCACUUCUGGAGCUGAUAUUAUUUCUACAGUUGAGUUCAACCACACUGGAGAACUGCUGGCUACUGGUGACAAGGGGGGUCGGGUUGUUAUAUUCCAAAGGGAACCUGAGAGUAAAAAUGAGCCUUACAAUCAGGGGGAGUACAAUGUUUACAGCACUUUCCAGAGCCAUGAACCUGAAUUUGAUUAUUUGAAGAGCUUGGAGAUAGAAGAAAAAAUAAACAAGAUCAAGUGGUUACCACAGCAAAAUGCAGCUCACUCACUUUUAUCAACAAAUGAUAAAACAAUCAAGUUAUGGAAAAUUACUGAAAGAGAUAAGAGACCAGAGGGGUACAACUUAAAAGAUGAAGAAGGAAAACUUAAAGAUCUUUCUACAGUAACAUCACUGCAGGUGCCUGUAUUGAAACCUAUGGAUUUGAUGGUAGAAGUCACUCCCCGGAGAAUCUUUGCUAAUGGUCACACCUAUCAUGUCAACUCAAUAUCCGUCAACAGUGACUGUGAGACAUACAUGUCAGCGGACGAUCUCAGGAUUAACCUCUGGCAUUUAGCAAUCACAGAUAGGAGCUUCAACAUUGUAGAUAUAAAGCCAGCCAAUAUGGAGGACCUGACGGAAGUGAUUACAGCCUCUGAGUUUCAUCCCCAUCACUGCAAUCUUUUUGUCUACAGCAGCAGCAAAGGAUCCCUGAGACUCUGCGACAUGAGGGCAUCGGCUCUUUGUGACAAACAUUCCAAGCUUUAUGAAGAACCAGAAGACCCCAGUAACAGAUCAUUUUUUUCAGAAAUUAUCUCUUCAGUGUCAGAUGUCAAAUUCAGUCACAGCGGUAGAUACAUGCUAACAAGAGAUUACCUCACUGUCAAGGUUUGGGAUCUGAACAUGGAAACAAAGCCCGUAGAAACAUACCAAGUCCAUGAUUACCUUAGGAGCAAGUUGUGUUCCCUCUAUGAAAAUGACUGCAUCUUUGACAAGUUUGAAUGUGCAUGGAAUGGAUCAGACAGUGUGAUAAUGACAGGUGCAUAUAACAACUUUUUUCGAAUGUUUGACCGAAAUACCAAGCGGGAUGUUACCUUGGAGGCAUCCCGAGAGAGCAGUAAACCACGAGCUAUUCUUAAGCCCCGGAGGGUCUGUGUCGGAGGCAAACGGAGGAAAGAUGACAUCAGUGUUGACAGUUUGGACUUUACUAAGAAGAUCUUGCACACAGCGUGGCACCCAACUGAGAACAUCAUUGCUAUAGCAGCGACAAACAAUCUGUACAUAUUUCAGGAUAAAGUGAACUCAGAAAUGCACUAG